GGUAACACGGAGAAGGGAUUGUGGUGUACUUGUGGUGAGGUUAGGAGAGAGGACGCGAGGGAAGAGCUAUUUGCAAGAUUACUGUCAAAUUGCCAGCUAUUACGCGAUUCUCGCAGGCAGACGACGCUCACAUAUCAAUUGAGAGAUUUGAAAAAGAAACGGAUGUCAUAUUGAUGGCGACAUCUGCCGGCAAUGUACACGUUUCCUAACUAGGCAGCUUUACGCAUGUUCAACCAACAAGCCCUCUGUGGAGUAAUGCGUUCAUUGGUGAAGUACAACAACUGGCAAAAUGAAGAUGGCGGACGGAUCCACAAUCCUAAGAAGAAAUAGGCCCGGAACAAAAGCAAAGGAUUUUAGUAGGUGGCCAGAUGAACCGUUUGAAGAAAUGGAUAGCACACUGGCUGUACAACAGUAUAUCCAACAGAUGAUUAGAAGAGAACCAUCGAAUAUUGAUCUAAUUCUAAAUAUGCCAGAUGCACAAGACGAGGGUGUAUGGAAGUAUGAACACCUCAGACAAUUCUGUAUGGAAUUGAAUGGUUUGGCAGUUAGAUUACAAGGAGAAUGUGACCCUGGAAUUUGCACUCAAAUGACUGCCACUGAACAGUGGAUAUUCUUGUGUGCUGCUCACAAAACUCCAAAAGAGUGUCCAGCCAUUGAUUAUACGAGACACACUCUAGAUGGUGCAGCUUGUUUGCUCAACAGCAACAAAUACUUUCCCAGCAGAGUCAGCAUAAAAGAUUCUUCUGUAGCUAAACUUGGGUCUGUCUGUCGCAGAGUUUACAGAAUCUUUUCUCAUGCAUACUACCAUCACCGUACAGUAUUUGAUGAGUUUGAAAACGAGACCUUCCUCUGUCGCAGGUUUACAGCUUUCGUAACAAAAUAUAAUCUGAUGUCACAGGAUAAUUUGAUAGUGCCCAUAACAGUAGAGGACACUGCUACGGAAAGCGAGGCAUAGGGCCCACCAGUUCGGUCUUUCUGUCCGAGACCCAACUGUCAAAUUUAACAUAUAACUGAUUCACGACUCGAGUACCUCAUGAGGCUGUCUUGGGCCUUAAGAGCGUAGGAAUAAAUCAGUAAGUUCAAUCCCGGUCAAAUUCUACAUAAUUUUCUUGAGGUACAAAAGAAUCCCAUGCAGAGGCGCCACAGGAAGAUAAUUGAAUAUUAGCUGAAUUUUUCAGUUCUGAGAAAAAAAAUGAAUUUAUAGACGUUUGUAUAGAAAAUUUCUUUUACACUAUCAAGUAAUUUGUUAUUAUUACAAAGAAUAUGCAAGUGUGGCAAGACGUGAAUAAUUUUACGGUUGAUGAUAAAAUAAUGUUUAUAAGUCAAUAUAGCACGAGAGUGUACAGUAAUAAAAAUAAACGAUCAGAGCGCAAUCAAUAUUGCUGUUUAACGAGACGUGUUGCUGCAUGGAUUGCUGUUGUAACGAAACUCCGUAUACUGAAUUAAUCGUGCGAAUAAAUAUUUCCAAGGGAUUGAAUAUUAAAUGCGCUAUAUUUUUUAAUAGUGGCAAGUCUAUUUAUACGGCGGUGACCGUCACAAAAAAAAACCAAUGGCUGCUCUGCACUUAAUUUCGAGAUUAUACGACUUAAACUUGAUUCCAUCAAAAUGAGUUUGUUAUGUAUACCGUAAUUUAUAUUUAAUUUUAAUUGUAUUUCAUAACAAUACAAUUUCAUUGGGAUUAUGUGUGUAAUGAAAAUUUGACCACAAGUCAUUUCUUGUAGGUUAAAUAUAAGGGAUGCUGAACAAACCCAUAUAUGAUAUUGCAUAAUGAAAUAAGAAAACUAAUAAAAGAAUUUUUAAGCAUAACCGCGCAAAACCGUGCGUUACUGUCUCAUUAUAUUAAGAAACGUCAAACUUGACUGAAACAAUUUUAUAAACAAUAUAUUAAACUCCAAGCAAAGAAAAACAAGUUUUCGAUCCGGUUAAUCGAUUCAAUAUCACUGUUACUGGAGGAAGGUUUUUACCAUUUUCACUCAUGUCCAAACGUUUUACUAUUCUCCUAAUGAGAAUCAUAAAUAUUAUCUUUAAACUCCACCAUGAAAGUGAAUGAGCCAAGAAGAAAAAAAAAUAGAAGAAAGAUCCUACCCUUUCGAAAGGACCCACAGCUCGUAAAUAAAUAACAUUGAAAAAAAUAUUCCUUUCUUGUUAGGAAUAGUAACUACUUCGUACAUUAUUACUACUUGGUAAUUGCUUUAACAUUGCUCAAAACAGCAAAUAUUUAGAUACAAUUUCAACAGCUCGAUGUGCAAUUGUGCAAUUUUUUCAAAUUUUACCAUAGAUUUCUAAUACACGGUUAUGAUAAGAAUUAGAAGACCUUCUUUCCCCACAAUUUCUGGAUAGUCGAAAGCGUUAACUGAUUUUUGACCACAUUCCGUUGAAGAAGAAAAGAUAAUAAAAGAAUGAUAAAAACUCUAAAAA